UCUUCCUAAGCUUGCUGUACUCCAAUAAAAUAAAAAUAAAUAUCCUCCUCACCCAUUACACUUUUUCUUCCCCUAUAAAUAAGAAAGCAUAUCACUGUCUUCAUUUAUAUCGAUCAUUUUCUAUACUUUGUCCAGAAAAUACACAAACUUUUAAAAAAUGUCGAUUUUGAUUUCGUUGAUGUUGUUCUUCUUUUUCUUCUUCGCAUAUGCAAGUGCUUGUGAUCAGUGUGUUUUAUCAAAGGCCUCUGUUUUCACUAAAGCUUCUUCUCUUUCAUCUGGAUCAUGUGGGUAUGGAUCCUUAGCUCUGAAAUUCAAUGGAGGACACGUGGCAGCUGGUGUUCCUUCCCUGUACAAAGAUGGUGCUGGUUGUGGUGCUUGUUUUCAGAUAAGAUGCAAGAACAGUGGAAUUUGUAAUAAAGCAGGGACUAAGGUGAUAAUGAGUGAUGUUAAUAAGAGUAACAACAGCACUGACUUUGUGCUAAGCAGCCGCGCACUUAGGGCUAUGGCCUUACAUGGCAAGGACCAACAAAUUCUUAAACUUGGAGUUGUAGAUGUUGAAUAUAAGAGGAUUCCUUGUGACUAUAAAGGUCAAAACUUGGCAGUCCGUGUGGAAGAGAGCAGCAAAAAUCCUGGUUAUUUGGCAAUCAAAGUUCUCUAUCAAGGUGGUCAAACAGAAAUUGUUGCAAUUGACAUUGCUAGGGUUGGUUCAUCAAAUUGGAUAUUCAUGUCUAGGAAGUACGGAGCCGUAUGGGAAACAAGCAAAUAUCCGGGUCCAGGACCAUUACAGUUGAGAUUUGUGGUGACAUCAGGCUUUGAUGGCAAGAACGUUUGGGCUGAAAACGUUCUACCUGCAAACUGGAAGACCGGAGUCACAUAUGAUUCUAAAGUUCAAAUUGAUGACAUUGCAUUAGAGGGUUGCACUCCUUGUGCUGAUAGUCAUUGGAAUUAAAAUUAUAUCUUCCCCUCUGUAUAGGACUUGAAUUUUCUUUUUUUUGGCACAAUAGUAGAGUAGAAAUUAUUGUCUUCCCUAUCAAUUUGUCAUCGGUUAAUAAAAUCAAUUAUUUUUUGUUUCAA